AUGUCUACGCCGUCUAAUGGUCCUGAAACUGGAACCUCAGCUACUGAUAUGGAGAGUGUUUACAGGUGGGUGGCUUCCCUGCCAAAUAUGGAAACAAGAGAAAACGCUCUCCUCGAACUUUGCAAAAGGAGGGAGUCUGUUCCUGAACUAGCUGUCAUUAUCUGGCACUCAUUUGGUUCCGUAGCUGCUUUACUUCAGGAGAUAUGUUCCAUCUACCCCUACAUAAAUCCUCCAAACUUAAGCGCCCAUCAAUCGAAUCGUGUCUGUAAUGCACUCGCUUUCAUGCAGUGCUUGGCAUCCCAUCCAGAAACCAGAAAGGAGUUUCUGAAGGCCAAUAUACCUCUGUACCUCUAUACGUUUUUAAAUACAAACAAUCAAACACGUCCAUUCGAGUACUUAAGGUUGACUAGUCUUGGAGUGAUCGGUGCACUUGUUAAAACGGAUGAACCAGAGGUCAUAGCAUUUCUCCUGGGGUCAGAAAUUAUACCUCUUUGUCUGGUAAUCAUGGAAUCAGGAAGUGAACUAAGUAGAACUGUGGCGACCUUCAUCAUGCAGAAGCUUCUUUUGGAUGAAGUCGGCCUAGCGUACAUCUGUCAAACUUAUGAGCGUUUCGUUCACGUAGCUACUGUUUUGGAGAAAAUGGUGAUCGACUUGGCUAGAGAGCAGUCAUUACGCCUUUUGAAACACUUGAUUCGGUGCUACCUACGUCUUUCAGAUAAUUCGCGAGCGCGUGAUGCUCUUCGAACAUGUUUACCACAACACCUCACAGAUGGCACGUUCAAACAACAUUAUGACCACUAUCCUCAGAAUUCACCAGGACUGCCAAUUCUGGUCACUAAAACGACCUCAAAAUCGAGGAUAACUUUCGCACUGAAUGUAUUUUCUAUCGUUGUUAUUCAAUUGGGUGUAGCAUGUAGCGUAGGAUAUUUGAUCACGCAAAUACUACCUGUCUCCUUUUGGAUCCUACAGAACCUUAUUUUUCUUUGGAUGUCAAGUUUCAUUUACUUCGUCCUCGAAAUUGUAUGGGCCUUCAUCAAAUCAGUUCCGAGGAUAUUUCCAUGGAACAUUUUAUACCUGUUUAUGAUGACAUUCAUGUCGUCCUACAUAAUUGGAUGUGAAUGCUUAUCAUACAAAGAUGAGGUUCCAUUCGUCGCAUUUGCGUUUCUAUGGACGAUGUUACAAGUCAUUGUCUGCUUUGCACUCUUUGUAGUGAACGAUUUCACGGAAACGUUACUAAGCAGGAUAAUAAAUAUCCUAUUCGGUUUGUCAAUAUUAUCUGGUCAAAUUGCUUACUUUGCUAGAAGGCAAUCUACGAUCACCUUACUUAUUGCUGGAUGUGUUGGGUUUCCAUGCACAUGUUACCAACUUGUAAAAGAAGUGAAAUUGGUGUUUGGUGGGGGUGGACGUUAUUACUCAGAGGAAAAUACAAUCAUUCCAGCCAGGAAUAUUUAUGGGUACUGUUGGUGCUUGUUUCUAACGAUUAUAUGGGUGUAUGCACCAUUUGGGUUGAGAUCUGAACAACCGAAAUCUCUUCAAUAA